ACAAGAACGAAAGAGAUAGCGAGAGAGAAUAGAAAUGAGAAAGCAUGAACCCAACCAGUUGCAGCAACAGCAAUGAAUUCGUCACGCACGAAUUUCACAACAACAAUAACAACAAUAUCAACAAUCAACCCAACCCGUUCCAAUUCGCAAUGCACGAAAAAGGCGUAGGAGUACUUCCAAAGAGAAUAAUAGUGGUUCGUCACGGUGAAUCACAGGGCAACUUAGAUCCCGGCGCCUACUCCGUAACACCCGACCACAAGAUCCCCUUAACACCACAAGGCAUCGCGCAAGCGCGUCUCGCCGGUUCCAAAAUCCGCCACCUCAUCGCUUCUUCAUCUUCCUCCCCUGAUUGGCGCGUUUUCUUCUACGCCUCGCCCUACACUCGCACCCGAUCCACUCUCCGUGAAGUCGCCAGAUCUUUCUCCAAGAAGCGUGUUAUUGGUGUGAGAGAAGAGUGCCGCAUUCGUGAACAGGAUUUCGGGAAUUUUCAGGUGCAGGAACGGAUGAACGCGAUUAAGGAGACGAGGCAGAGGUUUGGGAGAUUCUUUUAUCGGUUUCCGGAGGGAGAGUCCGCCGCCGACGUUUUCGAUCGCGUUUCCAGUUUUCUUGAAUCUCUAUGGAGAGACAUUGACAUGAACAGGCUUAAUCAUAACCCUUCGAACGAUUUGAAUCUGAUAAUCGUGUCACAUGGGCUGGCUUCUCGAGUUUUCCUCAUGAGGUGGUUUAGGUGGACAGUUGAACAAUUUGAACUUCUCAACAAUUUUGGAAAUAGCGAGUUCCGCGUGAUGCAGUUGGGGAGCGGCGGAGAAUAUAGCUUGGCAGUUCAUCAUACAGACGAAGAACUGCUUGAGUGGGGGCUCUCUCCUGAUAUGAUAGCAGAUCAGAAAUGGCGGGCCAAUGGCAACAAGUGUCCCUCGAAUGAUCAAAGCCCCCGCUACCUAGAAGCAUUUUUUGAUCUCCUUCCUGAUUCUGAUGAGGAGUGUGUGGACACUGAAGACAAAACAGAUUCUUUAAGUGAGUGUAGUAGACAAUAGGCUGUUCUUUCUUUCUUUGAGUGUUUCUUUCUUUUAUUGGAUAUCAGAAAUUUAGUUUCCCAAAAAGAAGGUAGCAGAUCUAUAUAGUGAUAAUAGGGUUGUUCCUUGUUAGUUAGCACUUCUAAUCACCUCAUUCAUCAUCAUUAAAUUGAUAUUCAAUUGGAGGUAUCAAGUUUAUUGAAGGCGGUUCUAUUUAAUGUU